CUUUUUAAUGUAAAUAAUAAUAUUCUAAAACUUAAAAACCCCUUUUAUCUCUGAUUUUGUGAAUCAGUGAUUUCCACAUAUAGAACCCCUUUCCUUAUAUAGAUAUUCCCCCUUUUCCUCCGCCCCCCGCCGGCCGGUUCCUCCGUCCACGGCGGCAAUUCUCCGGUGAGCUUCUCCGCCGUGCACCGGUUGCGGUUUUUUCGAUCCAUUUUUCACCAAUUUCCUGUAAAUAUUUCGUCAACGACCGAUAAUUAGUUGUGUUUGAAACAAGUAGACGUGUGACGGCUGGAUGGAAAUUGUGCUCAGUGAUUUGCAGCUAAGAAGCUAGUGAAAUCUACGACUAUCGAUCACAUAGCUUCUUAUUUUGAAUGAAAAUCAAAGAGCAGGUGAGUGAAUGUGAUUGAUCAAAUCUAUUAAAAUUGUGGAUUACGGGACUUGUACAAGUUGACUUUUGAUUUCUUUCAAGUUGGAUUUAUGUGAUGGAUCUAGGGUCACAAUAUCAUUGUCUCACGGGAACUACACCAUCUGAGGAAUCGGUUCUGGACAUGGAAAGAACAGGAUGCAACCACCCCGAAACGCCACAAUUAGACUCUGUAGCCGGCACCGCAUCUGCCGGUCAACUCUCUGACACCAAUGCAGCAUACUUCUCAUGGCCAACUUCUGGCAGACUGAACGAUGCUGCUGAAGACAGAGCUAAUUAUUUUGACAACCUUUUAAAAGGGGUUUUGCCGGUACGGAUCGGUCGAUUGCCUACUGGAGAAAGAGCGAUUACGCUGCUUGAACUUAUGACAAUACGGGCUUUUCAUAGUAAAAAUUUGAAUCAAGUUAGUCUUGCAACCGCAAUCGGGUUCAGGAUACGAGGCGGUAUGCUUACCGAUAUACCUGCUAUUCUUGUCUUUGUUGCUCGUAAGAUUCACCGGGAGUGGCUCAGCCAUUGCGAGUUUGUGCCAUGUGCUCUUGAGGGACCCGGGGGUGUGUGGUGUGAAGUUGACGUGGUGGAGUUUUCAUAUUAUGGUGCACCUGCAGCAACACCGAAGGAAGAGUUUUACACAGAGCUUGUUGAUGGCCUGCGUGGAAGUGAUCCAUGUAUUGGUUCGGGUUCCCAGGUUGCAAACCGAAGAACAUGUGGGACCAUGGGAGCCAUUGUGAAAAGCCGAACAGGAAACCGGCAGGUUGGGUUCCUGACAAACAGACACGUGGCGGUUGACUUGGAUUAUCCAAACCAGAAAAUGUUUCAUCCUAUGCCACCAAGCCUUGGACCCGGGGUCUAUCUUGGUGCUGUUGAGCGAGCAACCUCGUUUAUCACAGAUGAUCUUUGGUAUGGCAUAUUUGCCGGUACUAAUCCAGAAACGUUUGUUCGAGCAGAUGGGGCCUUCAUCCCAUUUGCAGAAGACUUUAACGUAUCAAAUGUGACUACAUUGGUUAGAGGCAUUGGUGAAAUUGGUGACGUCAAAGUCAUAGAUUUGCAGUCAAGGGUCGGCAGCGUAGUUGGUCAACAAGUAGCAAAAGUUGGACGAAGUUCCGGGAUGACCACAGGAACCAUAAUGGCAUACGCCUUAGAAUACAAUGAUGGAAAAGGAAUUUGCUUUCUUACUGACUUUUUGGUAAUUGGUGAGAACCAAAAGACGUUUGAUCUUGAAGGUGAUAGCGGAAGUUUGAUUAUUUUAACAGGACAAAACGGUGAAAAACCGAGGCCUAUCGGAAUCAUUUGGGGUGGGACCGCCAAUCGAGGUCGAUUAAAACUCAAAGUCGGUCAACCUCCGGUCAAUUGGACCAGUGCGGUGGAUCUCGGUCGACUACUAGAUGUUCUUGAACUUGAUUUAAUCACAACCAAUGGAGGUCUUCAAGUUGCGCUGCAAGAACAAAAAAAUGCAUCAACAUCAGCAGGGCUUGAUUGUCCAGUUGGCGAAUCAUCUUCUUACAAGUGUAUACCAGCAGAGAGAACAGAAGAAAAUCAUCUACCAUUUAAUUUAAAUGACCAAAUUGCCCCUCUAGAGUUCCAUGUGGAAAGUGGUAUCGAAGCAGCUCCUAACAUUGAACAUCAAUUCAUAUCAAGCUUUCCUUCACAUCAAAUGGGGACGUAUGAAAACUCAAAUUUGCAGAUUCACCAGUCGUCGUUAAGAAACGGGUCGGAAGAAAUAUCCAUCGUCGGCUUGCAGUUGGGUGAACCAGAACUGAAGAGACGAAAGCAAUCCGAGGAAGAAGCAUAAGUUGUGGAAUGAAUCUGUAAGUAUCUCUAAGUUUUGUAUUCAUUGGAUUAUAUUUUUUGGCCCUGGCAUGAUUUGGGUGCUAAGGUUGCCUACCACCAGUGUUUAGAUCGUAGGGUUGUUUAGAUAAAACAAUGGCUAAAGUUAUAAAUAUUUGUACAUUUUAGUCCUAUGCUGUUCAAAAAUGUACUACCGUAUUGCAAGUAUUGAUGAUCAAUAAAACAAACAGUUUAUCGCUGUUC